GGGCAAGGCGGGUCUGUGCCCCCUACACCACCUGCUCCCCCUCCCCCUCCCCCCCAGUGCUUCUUGCUGGACGAGCCGUCCUCGCUCGAGGAGGAGAUGCACAGCUACUGGGACUCCUCCGUCCUGUCCAUCAUCGAGGACCUCGGCUCCCACCACGAGAACAAAGGCCCCUUGGAGCUGCACAACGAGCUGUCGUUGCUGACGGCCAUCACGGAGAUCCUGGAUGGCACGGAUGAGGCAACCCUGUCUCCCUUCGACACUAUCGUGGACACCGAGCUGCUGGCGUCGCCCCGGGAGCAGGAGAGCUGCGCGCUCCAGCUCCUCGGCUUGUCCCAGGCCUCCCCUGAACGGGACGGCCCUGCCCUGGAGGACCAGUGGGGCUCGUGGACUCAGAGCGGCAGCAGCACACCCGUGGUGGCUGGGAAGGCUGAGACAGACGUGAGCUGGGACCGUGCUCUGAGCUGCCAGGAAGAUGCUGUGGUGACGCCCAAGAGGCCCCCGAGCCAGGCGCGGCGGGGGCAGUGGCAGCUGCUCCGGCCCUGGGCGCAGGAGCAGCGGGCCCUGCAGCGCAGUGAUGGGGAGGAGGAGGACGAUGAGGCGCCCAGCCCCAGGCAGGACGGCAGCACCGCCGUGGGAGACCUCCAGAUGGAAACCCUGAGUUGCCCCCUGGAGCCAGCAAGUGCGGAGGCCGGAGCAGAGCCCCAAGUGGCCUGGCUGGGGGAGGGGGACGUGCCCUGCAUCAUCAGCCCCGCAGGCGGCUCCCUGUGCGACCUGGUGAAGUCCAUGCACCCCUACUGCCUGCCCGCCUUCGCCACCGACCUGGGUGCUGCGCCCAAGCCGGCCAACAAGGACCUGCUCGCUGUCCCCGUCAUGCUGGGGAUCGUGUCCGGUGGCGACGGCCAGAGCCUGGAGACCCCUGUUGUGUUCCACCCGCUCGGCCCAGGCUUCCCCUGCCUCGACGCCCCACUCCCAGCCAGGGAGGAGGGCGCUGCCGGGGGUGAGGGGCAUGCUGCCCUGGAGUCCCCUGCCCCGGAGGAGCCAUUGCCUGCAGAGGUGGGGGCGCAGCAGCACCAGGUGCCCACCCCUGCUCUGGGGAGCAAAGCUACAGCACGAGAUGCGGCCACCCCAAAGGAGACCCUGCCCGAGGCUGCAGCUGGCGCGGCCCCACCAGAGGCAGGCGGGAGGGACCGUCACCUUCAAAGCGACUCCCAGCCCAGCACGGAGGCGCCAGCGGGCGGGAAGUGCCAGGGCUCCAGAUGGGGCCGGGGCCGCGAGCGAGCACGGAAAAGCCGGAAAAAGAAGAGCGCGGAGGCGCCGAGCACCCAGGGCCGGCCCCUUGGAGACUCCAUGGCCUCGCGGCUCCGCUCAGCCUCCUCUGUCCCGCGGCGGGGGGCAGCUGAGGGGCAGGCGCCCCCCAGCCGGGCCACCCGCCCCUCGGCGCAGGUGUCCAACUUCCUGGCGGAGCAGCUGGAGCAGGCCAGGAAGGAUGCACAGCUGGAGCUGCGCCCAAGCCCCGCACCGCCCCGGCCACGGGGCAGGCCCCGGGGCUCCCGGAACAGGAGAAGCUGCCCUGAGCCCCCUCGGGAGCCUGCGGUCGACAGCCCCAUGGCGGAGAGCAGAGCAGAGCAGGCCGUGCCCAGCCCAAAGGAGCAAGAGGCAGCAGCUGUGGAGCGCGGGGAGGAGAGCGAGCCUGCCCCGUGCCAGGCCAGCGCCAGCCCGGAGCCUGCCCCCAGCACCGAGCAGGAUGCUGCGGGGGAAGCUGCCCAGCACCCCACACCCGUGGAGCCUGCACAGGCCGAGAGCCAAGCGGCCACGUGCCCCUCACGGGAAGCCCGGCCCAAGGCCCUGAGCCUGACCGAGUACCGCCGGCGCAUGCAGCACCGCGCGCCCGGCGCUGGCCCCGGCAAGGAGCCCGAGAAGCAGGCGGCCGGAAAGUGGCCCAGCAUCCCCGAGCCCCCCACUGAGCUGGCCGAGAUCCCCUGCCUGGUGGCACCACCGGCGCAGCCCCUGGCCUUGCCUGCGGAGACGCCCGGCACGCAAAAGGGCCCCGAGAAACCUGCCAGCCCACCUGCCAGUUCUCCGCUGGCCAGCAAGGCCCCUCCGACCCCAGCACUGACCACCGUGGCCCCAGUGCCCCCCGUGCCGCAGCUGCCUUUCGUGGUGCCACCAGUGACCGGGGCUGCUCCAACUGGGGUCGUGUCAGCCCUGGCGACUCCUUACGCCCUCUACCCACCGGUGCCUUCCUGGCCUUGCUUUGGCCCCCCGCCCUCUGGCUUCCCCCCGACGCUGCUGCCACCACCAGCCACCGCCUCACCCAAUGCCUUCCACCUGGUGCCUGGCCUGCCGCCCCCGGGCCUGGCCUGGCCACCGCCAGCCGCCCCCCCGCCCCCACCCUUUGGCCCUGGCGCUCCAUACGCCCCCGUGGGCUGGGGCCCGGCCCUGCCGCCCCCAUACUGGCCCGGCGUGGCCCUGCCCCCGCUGGGGCCUCCACUGGUGUUCGCUGAACCCGGCAGCGCCCCACAGAGCCCAGCGCUGAGUUGUCCGGAGCCGGCGGCCUUUGCUGCGCUGCCCGCGCCGCCGUUCGUUGCUGCUGCCCCUGAGGUGCCUGCAGCCUCCCAGGCUUCUGCUGCAGCUCCGCACGCAGCCGCCGAUCAGCCCCCAGCCAAGGCGAGCAGGGCAUCCGACCCCAGGCGGCAGGCACGGCCCGCGGAGAGGCCCUCAGCUGCCCCCGCUGCUGCUACUGCACAGACUGCAAAGGAGCUGCCGGCUGCUACCGUGGAAGACCCGCCGGCUGCUGCAAGUGGGCCCAUGGAAGAGCCCCCUCCAACCAGGGAGCUGCCUCCCGCCUGUCCCCCGGCAAAGCCAGCCAGGAGCCCGCCAGGAGCCGUGCCGGCACAAGCCCAGCCAGCGCCUCACCCACCUGCCGACCGUGAGACCGUCUGCGGGAGAGCAACGGGGGCGCGAGAGGGUGCCAAGCCGCCUGCUGCCCGGCCCUGGAGACACCGGCCCCUGGCCCGCCCCGCCCAGCCCAGCGGCUGCGAGGAUAUUGUCCAGGCCUUCAUCAGCGAGAUCGGCAUCGAAGCCUCCGACCUGUCCAGCCUGCUGGAGCAGUUUGAGAAGACAGAAGCCAAAAAGGAGUCGUCGGGUGCGGAGGCGCCCAAAGACAAGCCGUCUGCCAGCAGCGUGGGAGCGGAGCCGCAGCAGGACAAGAAGCCCCUGGAUAGCCUGCAGGCUCCCGAGCUCGCCAACGUGGCAGGCCUGACCCCACCGGCAACACCCCCCCACCAGCUGUGGAAGCCCCUGGCUGCCGUGUCACUGCUGGCCAAGCCGCGGUCCUUGAGCACUACCGCCCUGGAGGGUGCCCAGAAGACAACCAAGCUCAUCGAGGCCCAGCCGCUGCCCCAUGGCAAGCCCCGAGGGAAGCCCCCGCCUGUCAUGCCCCCUGCCUCCAGCCACGUGGGUGCUGGAGACCACGACUACUGCUUCCUGGGCGGCACCGGCACGCCCGAGCCGGGAUCGCGCUGGAACGUGAAGCAUCACGCGGACAUCACCAUCAAGCCCAUCAUCUCCCUUGCCCCGCGGACGCAGGACCGGCCUGGCCCCUCACUACCUGCUGCCAGUGCUGCCCUGGGUGCCCCUGGGGCCGGCCGCAAGCCACUGGAUCACCGGACUAGCACCCCGGGCAGGGGCAGCCCCCCCGCCUCGGUGCUGCUGUCUCCGGACGCGUCCCCCUGCCGGGACAAGGAGACACGGACUCCCAGCGCUCGGCCCCCGCGCUCGGGUGCCAAGAGGGCCCUACGCUGCUACCGUGUGCGCCGGGACUCGGGCAGCCCCCCAGACGGCACCUGGCGGCGCCAAGCCAGCCGCUCCUUCAGCGCCAGCUCCAACGGGGGCAGCGAGGCGUCCUCUUCUUCUUCCUCCUCCUCCUCUUCCUCCUCCUCUUCCUCCUCGCGGUCCCGCUCCCGGUCCUCGUCCCCCCCACCCAAGCGGUGGCGCAGGUACCGGCCGCGGCGCUCCUCCCGCUCCCGCUCCUCCUCGCCCUCCAGCGCCGGGUCCUGCGGCAGCUCCCGCAGCAGCUCGUCCUCAUCCUACUCGUCCCGGUCCCACUCCCGGUCCACGUCCCGCAGCCGGUCCCGGUCCCGCUCCCUGUCGCCCUGCAGGAGGCACAGCCGGAGGAGGCGGUACAGCUACGACUCUCAGGACCACUACCAAAGGCAGAGACUCCUGCAGAAGGAACGUGCAAUAGAGGAGAGGCGGGUCGUCUUCAUUGGGAAGAUCCCCGGCAGGAUGACGUGCUCGGAGCUGCGGCACCGCUUCUCCGUGUUCGGGGACAUCGAGGAGUGCACCCUCCACUUCCGCUCCGAGGGUGACAACUACGGCUUCGUGACGUACCGCUAUGCCGAGGAGGCCUUUGCUGCCAUCGAGCGCGGCCACACGCUACGGCGCCCGGAUGAGCAGCCCUUCGACCUCUGCUUUGGCGGGCGACGCCAGUUCUGCCGCCGCAACUAUGCCGACCUGGACUCGAACCGGGAGGACUUCGACCCGGCUCCCACCCGCAGCAAGUUCGACUCUCUCGACUUCGACACCCUGCUGAAGCAGGCGCAGCGCAGCCUGCGCACGUAGCCCCGGCUCCCGGCCCCACCCCGCGGCCCCUGGUUUUCUAAAGAAAUGCAAAAAAAAAAAAACAGGGAAAAAAGCCCCGUCAGGCC